AUGUAUCGUAUUAAUGAUAGAUUACAAUUGGAUGACCAAUUGGGGACUAUACGAUAUAUAGGUCGUGUUGGAAGCUGGGAUGUUGCUCUUGGGAUCGAAUGGGAUGAUGCUUCGAGAGGUAAAAAUAAUGGAAGUGUGGGAGGAGUUACUUAUUUCAUACCUAAAAUUCCCAACUCUGUAUCGUUUAUCAAACCUACAAAUAAGAAAAUUCUACCACGAUGGACUAUGGAAGAAGGAUUGAAUCAUUUAUAUGGAUCUAAGGAUGAGUUUGAAGAUAUCAGUUUUGGUAAUAAGCACUCUGAAAAUUUUGGAUUCGAGAAAUUGAAUAGAAUCAAUGCCAAUUUUAGUCAAUUGAUGUCGAUAUCCUUGGAUAAGAGAUGUAUUUAUACCUCAAGUGUCAUUCAUUUACCCAAACUAAAGGUUUUGGAUUUGAGCUACAAUUUGUUCACCGAUAUCCUGGAUAUAUGGCAUGUACUAGACCAAUUACCUCAAUUGACAGAAUUGAAUUUAAAUGGGAACAGGUUUUCCAACAUAGAAGAACCAGUUGUAUACAAAAAGCAUAACUUACAAGUAUUGAAACUUGCAGAUACACAAAUGAAAUUCCAAGAGGUUAAAUCAUUAUUGGUUCGAUUUCAACUUAAAGAAUUAGUUCUUGCAGGCAACAACUAUACAAACGAAGACUUGGAAUCACUUCCCAAGCUUGACAAUCUAGACUUAUCAUAUAACAAACUUACUGAAGUUCCUGAUUAUGAUGUGAAAUCUAUGAACUUAUCCAAUAACAAUAUUUCAUCAGCACCUGGGAAUUAUAUCAUGGAAGAUUUAGAUCUCCGAAUUAAUAGCAUAGAUUCAUGGACUUUCCUUGACUCCCUAUAUGAGAAUUCAAAACUAGUAAGUGUAAGAAUCAAUAAUAAUCCUAUUUUUGAUGGUAUGGAUGAAGAGGAAAUCACUGUUAAUUUAAUAUCACGGUUGAAUUGUGACAAGCUCGUUAAGAUCAAUGGGUCUAAAAUAUCUCCUGAAGAGAUAAAAAAUGCUGAAUUGUAUUUUGUUAGUAAAGUGGGUCAAGGUGUGUAUGAGAAACCCAAAAAAUGGGAUACUUUAGUUACCAAAUAUGGUGACAAGACCGUCAGUAAUAAAUUCAAUGAUUUCUAUUAUAAGAAGACCAAAGUCAGAAUUCGAUAUGAGGCGGAAAUAUUCGAAAAGACGGUUCUUUCAGACUACAGCAUUCUCAAAGUCAAAGGCAUUGUUAGUCUGAUUAUCAACAAGCCAGUGUUUCAAAUAAUGUUAUACUAUUACCUCAAUAAUGAUUACCAAGAAGAGUUGGAAGACAUUUUGAGACUUGAAGACUAUAACCUCUCAGGAGAGGACUUAUAUGUCAAACUCGUAUCUUAG